GACGCGUGCGCGGAAACGGAGCAAACCUAGCCUGUCGUUGGCGCACGCUGUUGUUUAUUAUGUAUACGGAGACGCGUGAGUGUGUACGAUAAUACUCGGGGAUAAUUGCGCCCGCCACCGUCAUGUUCGCGUUAAUGGGAGAGCUGAAGCUCUGGACCUUCGACGACAAUGUAAACAUAAGAGACACGGAUUUCGGCGCGUUCAAGUAUCACGACAAACGAAUCAAUGGCACGCAUCAGGAAGGCAAAAGAUCCUACUGCGAAAAGCGCGAUAUGAUUUAUGUGCCAGUCAAUAAAAAGGGGAGCAGAUUGAAAGAUUACAUCAAGUACUUGGAGGAUCAGCUCAGGGACAAUUCUAUAAUUUAUUGCCAAUGGUACAGUGACCGAAUUGCGCAACUAAUGUUCAGCAAUGGUUUAUUGGCGCAUAUACAAAUUUAUCCCUUCAGCGGUGACAUAGAGAAAAUUAAUUUCGACAAGUAUCUCGUGGGGAAAUUGUCGGAGCACGCCUCAGACGUGAUAAUUACUAAAAGUCAUAUAGUUUGUACAUACAACGAUAAUGAAGUGACAGUAGUGUAUUUGACGAAACCAAAAAAUCAUGUGUUCGACAAUAUCAAUAAGUUGGAACCUAAAUUGAUCACAACGGAUGUGUUUGUACCCAAUGGCCGUAAGCUGGAUAAGAAGGUUCAAGUGAACAAGUCAGAAGAUCUGAUAUUAAUUUGGUGGAAAUCCACAAUGAAUGAAGUUUACCCAUGGAGCCCUGCCAUGAGAGAAUAUCAUCGGGCAAAUAUGCAUCUCUUUCGUCUCACAGGAACGAAGUUAGAAUCGUUGUGUUACAUACGCACCGAGUUCGAUCCAUUAUGUAUCACGUUUGAUGCAUGCGAUGACAAUAUUAUUCAUUCGGUAGAACAGAAGGUCUCGAGAAAGGGAGAAGUCACCGUGGAAUGGCGCACUUACGAGGUCUCCCAGCAGAACAAAUUGCAGAGAAUCGCCGUGAUUUCCGUGCCGUUGCCGACGCACACGAGCUGCGUGAAAUUUUCCCCCAAUCAGGAAUUACUGUUGCUCUGCUGCAUCGACGGCACCGUCACGAUGUACGACCCGACGAAGGCGAUCACCACGAGCGCGAGGGCGGCCUUCAUACCCACUUUAGCCGCUUGGCAUAGCGACGGCAUGAUAUUCGUGCUGGGCAAUGACAGAGGCCAGCUACAGCACUUCAACGUCGCUUUGCAGUGCAUCAAGAGCCAGACGUUGAGCGACGAGGCGACGCCCGCCAACAUUCUCGAUCUGUCGCCGUACUUCAGAAAUCAGCCUGCUCUGAUACACAUGGAGUGGAACAAGAAGAGCGACCCGAACUACGUCGGCUUCUACAACAACGGCAAUUCCUUGUUCCUGCUGCUGUUCGAACGAGGGCCGAUCGGCGUGCUGAAAGUGAUCGAAGGCGACUGUCUCACCGGCGACGAACUAAUCCGAAGAUACUUGUCCGGCUGUCAGAUCAAACAGGCGACUUGCUUGCUGCUGUCGAUGAACUGGGACACGCACCCGCGCGCGUGCAUGCACUCGCUCAAUCAGAUCUUAAAUUAUUUAUUCAAGUUACCACUGACAACGAACCACGACGGUGAGAUGAGGUGUUCCGCUCGUCAUCCGUCCGUGACUCUCGAUUGUGGUCGAUUGAUAAGCGACGGGACUAAUAAUCUCAUCGGUCCGGCAGGUCUGAUACAAAACGCGCUCGGCAGUUUCCACGUGCCCGCUAGACCGAUAAGUCAAGCCGUCGAGGAGGAGUACGGCAACGAGGUGCGGGACCUGACCAGGCGAUACUUCCAUCGUUUACUGAGGUGCAGGAUGUUCGAGAAGGCCUUCAGGCUGGCCAUCGACCUGAACGAUCACGACCUCUUCAUGGACAUACAUUUCUCCGCCGUCGCGUUGAACGACACGGAACUGGCGAUUGCGGCCAAGGGGAAGGCCGAGAGUAUCUUGAGCAGAUCGAACAGCCGUAGGAGCUCGCAUUCGACGUGCUCGAGAGCGUCGUGUUCCCUGUGCUCCGACUCGAGCGACGAGAAGGGCGAGGAGGAGGAGGAGGAAACGUACAGCGAGGAGAGCGGGGAUUCUCGGAAGCGAGCCGGCCUGAAACAGCUGAAGAGGCACAAUUACAGGAAGGCCGGGAGCAAUCAGAUCCCGCCUUUGCCGGUGGUCCCCGCGCCCUACACCGACAUCCCGUCCAGCAAGAGCGACUACAGCCUGAUGCCUGCGUCCUUCGACACUUCCAGCGGCAUCCUGACGGCGACUUCGUUCAACCACUCGUCGCCGAGCCCCUUCCUCGCGUCGACUUCCUUCAACCAGCCGUUGUACAAGACGAACUUCGCGUCUAACGCGGCGAGCAUGCUCGACAGCUCGUCGGCCUUCAACAACGCGUCGGAUGACCUGAUGACCACGUCGUUCGGCAGUCUGUCUCUCACCGAGUCGGAGGUGACGGCCGACGAGCAGUCGUUGCUCAACGACAUACCGUAUUCCUUCAACGGCGCCCCCGCCGCGCAAGGGGACACCUUCGUCUCGACCGCGUUCAACAAGCCGGUGUACGAAUCCGAGGACGCUCCAGCCGACGAUUAUCCGGCGAGUUCCCUGCUCGACAGCAACGUCAUGUCCACGUCGUUCAGCACUCUCGUCUCCCACAGCAAGCCCGAGUCUCCUCCCGGCGAGGUGCCGGACAAUCCGCCGUCGAGGACCGAAGCUCUCGCGACGAGCAAGUCUGUUCUGUACGGCACCUCCAACAACCUGAUGUCUACCUCAUUCAACUAUCCCGAGGCCGACGCGGCGCCCAUCAGCGACGCGUAUAUCGACGCCUUCAGCAGCGACCAGCCGGUCAAACUGCAGCAUCCCGUAGCCGAGAAGAAAGAGACGGCCUUCAGCAUUCCGCCACCGUCCUCGCUGACGAGCGUCUCUUACCUGCACGGGCUACCGAGGAAGAAUUUCCCCCUGUCCAGGAGCAGCCCGGGCCUGACGAGCGACAUCGACGAGUCCGUUCACAAGUUCUCACCGUACAAGGCUACGCACAUCGUCCUGCAGAGGCAGAACUCCGCGUCCAACAUCCCGCAGAAGACGUCCUCCAGGAUCUACAGAUACAACUACGACCUGGACUACGUGCCCUUCCACCACGGCGCAGCCUGCGACGACGCGGACCCGCAACGGUCGCCGCAAACCGCCGCGGCGACCGGCGGCAGGAAGUUCGAUCCCAUGCCGAACUUCCAGCCCAGCUACAGCGUGCAGCGCAGACUGCUCGAGAGCAGGCAUCACCUGUUGAGAUCCUCCCAGAGCGUUAACGCGAGCAAGGAGGCCAAGAUGUCCUGCAAUGUGCCGCCUUUGCCGGUGAUCGGCACCGCGAGCUCGAAGAUCUACGCGUGCCCUCCGUACGGCAGCGACGCGCCGGUCAGCUCCAACGAGAAGCCCAAGGUGAAGUUCUCAGACACCGUCACUCACAUCUUGGUGCCUCCCGGCGCGGGUCAGGUACACAGGCAAAAGCGACCCCCUGUACAAGCGCACUCGACAGAUCAUGAAUUAGCCGAAAGUCUUCCACUGGGUCCGAACAACGAGGAUUAUCUGAAGGAUCUCCCAUCGUUGUCCAAGGACAACACGGACGAGAAAAUAAAGGAAUCCCCGAAAUCUGACGACAGUACAAAGAUCAAAGUCGUGCAUUUUGGUCUAUUAUAACACCAAGAUGCCCAGAGACGUAAUAAGACUGCAUCGUAAAAUAAUUUGUACGAAUAGUUUUAUAACUCCUUUGCACAUAUUUUAUAAUCUCUUUGCAAAAUUAAUAAAAAAAAGGAAUCUUCUUUUA